AUGCCGUCUAAGCAAAGAACGUCCUCGAAACCGUCCGGGAAGCAAAAGCGAGAGUUGAAAAAGAAUCGCGUCGUUGUUCGGGAGAAGGGUGAUGAUGAUGAUGAUGCCGGCGGCGGGGAAAAAGAGUACGCGGAUAAAAAGGUUCCCUCAUCCUCGAGGCCUGGUGCAUCGGCGUCGUCGGAGAAAAAGAUGAAGCCGUCGGGCGAUUUCGUCGCUUUGACGACGACGAAGAAGUCUAAGAAGAAACAGUCGUCGAAACCUCGAGUUUUAUACGUCGGUUCUUUACCGCACGGUUUUUACGAGACGCAAAUGCGCUCGUACUUUGGGCAGUUUGGAGACGUGUUACGAGUGAAAGUUUCCAGGAACAAGAAAACUGGGAAAUCGAAGCACUACGCGUUCGUGGAGUUCAAACACGCGGAAGUGGCGGCGAUUGUGGCGGAGAGCAUGGAUAACUAUUUACUCGGAACGCACGUUUUGAAAGUGAAACUGAUGCGACCGGAGGACGUGCAUCCGGAGACGUUUAAAGGCGUGAAGGGCGGCGCGGGGGAGAAAGUAGCCGAGAGGAGCGGGUUUAAGAUUGUGCCGUGGAAUAAACGGGCGGCAGAGCAGCACAACAAGAAGAGAGACGACGCAGGGGAGAGGAAUCGGUUGAAGAAGUUGGCGAAGAAGGAAAAGGAGAGGAUGAAAAAGAUUAGAGAGAGCGGGAUUGAGUACGAGUUUGAAGGCGGAUACGAGAAAAAGCUCGCGGAGAAGAUGAAGGAUUUGAACGUUAAGAAGACGACGGAAACGAAGAAGAAAAAGACGAACAAUAAAGCAGCGACGACGACAAAAGUUGAGACGAAGAAGAAAACAGCAGCAAAAGUUACAACGAAAGCGAAGACGCCGGCAAAGAAAACGCCGGCAAAGAAGAAAGUGGAAAAGAUCGACGCCGCGGAGGAGAAAGAAGACGCCAAGCCGACGCCUAGAACGGCACGACGAAACCGAGUUGAAGCGCGAGGGAAGAAACGAGAAGCUGAACCUGAAGAGCCAGCCGCUGCGUCGAAAAAAUCUGCAUCAAAGCGUACGAAGAAGUAG